CACCAUUGGUCUCGAUCGAGUUCUUUAAAGGCGGCAGUGACAUCCCGCCCCACUUCUGGCCGUCUCCCUUCUUCCAUCUGUAGUAAAAGAUAGGUUACAGCAGUCCUGGAUCUGGUGGUAAGAAAUGGCCCCUAAAACCGUAAAAAAGGCUAUAUCCGAUGCGUUGGAGGACCUGUCAAAGGAGGACUUAGAAAAGUUCCGCGCCGAGCUCCUCGACCGCAGAGAAGAGCCACGCGUCAGACGCAACAGGGUGGAGGGCAAAGGCUACUUACAAAUCGCCGACGUCCUGGUUACACAUUUCACCGAGGAUCGCGCUCCCUCAGUGGUUGUGGAGAUAUUGAGGGAGAUUGGAUGCUCCAGUGAUGCAGCCAGUCUGGAGAAAGAGAUUGGUGCAGUGUCCUCCAAACCUGGUUCCAGUGACACUGCAACACCCUCAGGUGGAAAAACUGGUGUGGAAACCACGGCCGACGGUGGGUGCACAGGCAAGCAUUUUGUGGAUAAACAUAGAACCAAGCUGAUCGAGAGAGUGAGCAACAUUGGAAUCAUCCUGGAUGAGCUCCUCGAGCAGGAUGUCCUCCAACAAGAGAUGUAUGACAAAAUCAGGCUUCUGCCUACCUGUCAGGAGAAGAUGAGGGAGCUCUACUCUGGUCCCCUGAAAGCUGGUGGAGUCUGCAAAGAUAAAUUCUACAACAUCCUUCUACAAAAGGAGCGGUUUCUAGUUGAUGAGCUCAAGAAAAUGAAGUGAUUGUUAUAAUGAAAUCUAUUUUUACACCAGACCUACUGUCCACCUAAAGGCAUUUUUUAUACAAUAAUAAUGGGGCAUUAAUUAUGUUAAUGCUAUGUCUCUGUGGGGACGUUCUAAAAUGUCUGUUUAAUCAGAGCUUUUUCCCUUAAUUUUACUCUUAAGUUAGUAAGAAAUCAUUUUUAAUGAUGAGAUCUCAUGU